AUGGCCCGUACCAAGCAGACCGCCCGCAAGUCCACCGGAGGCAAGGCUCCCCGCAAGCAGCUGGCCACCAAGGCCGCUCGCAAGUCGGCGCCCUCGGGCACCGGUGGCGUCAAGAAGCCCCACCGCUACCGCCCCGGUACCGUCGCUCUGCGUGAGAUCC